CUGGUUUGCUCUCUGUGUCCUUGUUAAUGAACACCAUAUAAUUAAACAAAAAAAUGAUCUGAUACCUGAUAGGCGGGUUUAUAUCAAACAGUAAUCCUAUUAUUACGGCAUAAUGUUACGGGCCGGGACCGGAGCUGCCUGCGUGGCCUGCAGGAACCUGGUUACCAACAGCUCAGGUGUCAAAAUCAGGAUCCCCCUUCAGAAACUUCACCCCCUGUCUCGGGCAAUCCACCACCGCAACUCCCCCAACUCUAACCCUCACAGGCCCGCCCCACACUCUGCAGCCCGACAGUUCACCUCGCUCUCCAGACUCCCCCUCCGCCCAGCCAGGCCCCUGCCAGGGAAGUACGGCCACCAGCCACACAGGACCUUCUGGGUUGCCCGACUGGCUACACGGCUGCUGAAGCUUCGCUACCUGCUUCUGGGAUCAGCUGUCGGUGGUGGCUACACUGCUAAAAAGACUUAUGAAGAAUGGAAGGAUAUGCUGCCUGAUCUUGGUGAAUAUAAAUGGGUAGUGCCUGAUUUCAUAUGGGAGCUUGAUGAACACAUUGAUCUGGAGAAAAUAGCCAACGCCCUGCCCGAUGCAGAGACCCUGGCCAAGCUGCUGCCAGACUUUGAGAAGAUCGGGGAGAACUUCAGUUUCCUGAAAAGCCUGAUGUCAAAGGGUGUGAGUUUGGUUAGUGAAGUCAAAGGAGCUUCUGGUCUGCAUCUGUUGUUAGAAUCAUCGGGGGAGGCCACAUUCAAAGCCACAGAAAACGCCAGCUUCGAAGGCUCUGAGAAACAGUAUAAGAAGGGUCUGCUGGGGGAACUCAUUCUAAUACAGGAGCAAAUCCGGGAGCAUGAAGAGGCAGCACGCACGGCCGCAGGGCAGUAUAGCACAGGCUCUUCACAGCAGAAGCGCAAGGUUUCAGACAAAGAAAAAGCAGACCAGCUGCAGGAGGAGCUUCUUCGAACACAGCUGAAGUACCAGAGAAUCCUGGAGCGCUUGGAAAAGGAGAACAAGGAGCUGAGGAAAGUGGUGCUGCAGAAGGAUGAUAAAGGCAUUCACCAGAGGAAAGUCAAGAAGUCCCUGAUUGACAUGUACUCUGAGGUUUUGGACAUCCUCUCAGACUAUGAUUCCAACUAUAAUACGCAGGAUCAUCUGCCGAGGGUUGUUGUAGUUGGGGAUCAGAGUGCUGGGAAGACCAGUGUGCUGGAGAUGAUUGCUCAGGCCAGGAUAUUCCCCCGGGGUUCAGGAGAAAUGAUGACCAGAUCUCCUGUCAAGGUGACCCUGAGUGAAGGUCCCCACCAUGUGGCCAUGUUUAAAGACAGUUCCCGGGAGUUCGACCUCACUAAAGAAGAAGAUUUGGCAGCCCUUCGUCAUGAAAUAGAGAUACGAAUGAGGAAGAGUGUGAAAGAAGGACAAACUGUCAGCCCCGAGACCAUCUCCCUGAGCGUGAAGGGCCCUGGCAUACAGAGAAUGGUACUGGUGGACCUGCCAGGUGUUAUCAGCACUGUGACGUCAGGCAUGGCCCCGGACACAAAGGAAACCAUUUUUAGUAUCAGCAAGGCUUAUAUGCAGAAUCCCAACGCCAUUAUCCUCUGCAUUCAAGAUGGUUCUGUGGAUGCGGAGCGCAGCAUUGUAACAGACCUCGUCAGUCAAAUGGACCCCCAGGGAAAAAGAACAAUCUUUGUUCUGACUAAAGUAGACUUGGCUGAGAAAAACCUGGCCAGUCCCAGUAGGAUUCAGCAAAUUGUUGAGGGAAGGUUAUUUCCAAUGAAAGCUUUGGGGUACUUUGCUGUUGUGACCGGAAAAGGUAAUAGCAGCGAGGGUAUUGACUCUAUUAAAGAUUAUGAAGAGGACUUUUUCCAGAAUUCCAGAUUAUUAAAGACAGGAAUGCUGAAGGCACAUCAGGUGACUACUAAGAACCUGAGCCUGGCUGUAUCAGACUGCUUUUGGAAAAUGGUCCGCGAGUCAGUGGAGCAGCAGGCAGACUCAUUUAAAGCCUCGCGCUUCAACCUCGAGACAGAGUGGAAGAAUAAUUACCCUCGACUGAGAGAGCUCGAUAGGAAUGAGCUCUUUGAAAAGGCCAAGAAUGAAAUCUUGGAUGAAGUGAUCAGCUUGAGUCAAGUUACACCAAAACACUGGCAAGAUAUUCUCCAGAAAAAGCUGUGGGAGAGAGUUUCCACGCAUGUGAUAGAAAACAUCUAUCUCCCUGCAGCUCAGACCAUGAAUUCAGGGACCUUCAACACUACGGUGGACAUCAGACUCAAGCAGUGGACUGACAAGCAGCUGCCACAUAAAGCACUGGAGGUAGCCUGGGAGACGCUGCAGGAAGAGUUUGGCCGCUUCAUGUCGGAGUACAAAGGCAAAGACCAGGACGACAUCUUCGACAAACUGAAAGAGGCCGUCAAAGACGAGAGUAUAAAACGACACAAGUGGAACGAGAGGGCAGAGGACAGCUUGAGAGUUAUCCAGCACAAUGCUUUAGAAGACCGGUCCAUAUCAGAUAAACCCCAGUGGGAUGCAGCGAUUCAGUUCAUGGAGGAGACUCUGCAGACCCGACUUAACGACACUGAAUCCGUAAUCAGUGACAUGGUGGGUCCAGACUGGAAACAGAGGUGGAUGUACUGGAUGAAACGCUCCCCAGAACAGCACAUUCGUAAUGAAACCAGAAACGAACUGGAGAGGCUAUUGAAGGUGAACGAGGAUCACACAGCUUAUCUGGCUAACGAUGAGGUCACAACAGUGAGAAAAAAUCUGGAAGCCCGAGGAGUGGAAGUGGACCCUGUUUUGAUUAAGGAUACGUGGCACCAGCUUUACCGGCGGCAGUUCCUGAGGACAGCACUGUCUCACUGCAACCUCUGCAGGAGGGGCUUCUACUACUACCAGCGGCACUUUGUAGACUCCGAGCUGGAGUGUAAUGAUGUGGUCCUGUUCUGGCGGAUCCAGAGAAUGCUUGGAAUUACAGCAAACACACUCAGGCAGCAGCUCACAAACACUGAAGUCCGCCGUCUUGAGAAGAACGUAAAAGAGGUGCUGGAGGACUUUGGAGAAGACAACGAUAAGAAGGUCCAUCUGAUAACUGGGAGGAGAGUGCAGCUAGCAGAGGAUCUCAAAAAGGUUCGUGAAAUUCAAGAGAAACUUGAAGCAUUUAUUGAAGCCCUUCACCAGGAGAAGUAAAGUUGGUCUAACAGAUCCAUUGGAUCCAGCUCCAGACCCACUCUGAUUAUGCACUGAUCAAAGAAGACAAAGCAUCUCUCGUUUUCCUGUUUUUGUAAAUUUAUAUUGCCUCUCUUUUUCUGUUUCUUUUCACUGCAUAUGCUUUUAAUGUCAUGGCCCAAUUAUCUUGGCAUACAGAGUAACCCUUUAAACAAAAAAAAACAAACUUUGAAAUGUCUAGAAAUUCACAGUAGGGUGAAACCAGUUGAGUACCUAAGAUGUCGUUUAGCGUUCAGUGUUCCCCUUUCCCCAAGAAGAGCCUCUGCAAGACCACAAAACUGCUCAUCAUAAAUCCAUACUGCUGUGUGCUUUUAGAGGAGGGGCUGUUGCAGGAUGCAGGAUGUCCUCGUUCACAAGCACACACUCUGUGAUAAGCACCGCUGUGUUUAGAGACAGCCUCCUCCCUGUUAGAUCUGCUGUUUGUUUAGCUCCAAUAGCAAGAUCAGGAUCUUUAUGGAGUGCGAUGUGUGAUAACCUAGGUCAUUAUAUUUGUACAGUGUUGUAUAUGUUAUUUUCACACUGCAGAUGUAACUAGAUGAUUACCUUCCAGCUGCUAUAAGCUAGUUCCUAUAGAGCACUUUGAGAAGCAGCAGAGCAAUCCAGUAGCCAGGAUGCUUAUUGAAUUUGUAUCCAUGUGUAUGCUGUGUGUGUAUAUAUUAUCAGGGAUAAAAGUGCGAAUGUAAAGUAGUCACUUCAAACACAUCUGGAGGAUCUCACUGGUUUAAACUCACUCUAGAAGACAAAUAAAGGGAAUUCAUUUCAGUUGUUAGAGCACUUACAUGAUCUUGAUGUAUACAGCGGACCUCCUUUUAGCAGAACUUCUCAGUACAUGAGAAGGUUUGGAGAAAGGGGAGUUUGUGCCGGCCUGAUUUAAUAUUAAAGGGGGGAAAAAAUUGGGGGUCACUGCUGCAGUUCGGAUUAGCAGUAUUUCCACGUUCUUACACUCACUGAGUUUGCACUUAUCUAGUUUUUUUAAGGGGGGGGGGGGUUGGGGUUUCUGUUUUUUGAGUGAAGCCUGUUAAAUGGAGGUACCUCACUUCUGCUGUGGAGCAGAUUAAAUAGGCAUGCUUGCCACAAGUCUGCACAGUCGCCUGCUCAAUGCACUCAGAGCAGCGAUGUUAUUAGCAGGAGUUUUGUAAGGCACUGUCUGGGGUUUGCGUCGUUGCUUGUUUUUGUUCUCCUCUCGUUUUCACUCAGUGUAUUCCGUGCUGUAGGAGAGAGGAGGAGAGGGAUGUCCAGGCGAGUUGGUACAGGUGAGGGGGUAACCAAACGGAAUCUCCCCUUGUAGUAACAAACCUAAAUGCAGCGUUGGAUUCUCUUACAAACCUGUUCUUACAGCCCAGGAACACUGGCAGUCUUUAAAAAAAAAAAAAAAAAAAAAAAAAAAAACUGCAGACAGGAAGCAUGUAAUUUGUUUUUUUGGGAUAAAUCUCUUUCACACACACUGUGUAAGGUGAGCCUUGCCACAGAACAUGUGACUGCAGAUUGUGAAUGGUCUUCUUUAAAUUGCUCAAGAACUACAAUGCAGUAGCAACAAAUCCACCCUGGAAGAGUACCUGGCCUGAAACCACCCCAUACAGAUGUUCAAAGCACUAGACUAGACUUGUGUUGUCAUUCUUCUAGGUGUAUGCAUCUAAAACACAGAUUUGCUAAAUUUGUUUGAGAUAUUCUACAAGGCCUUCUGAGUCCUCCCCUGCAUUGCAAAAUGAAGGUUGAUUUUGAUUUGGAAAAAGUCACACGCUGCUAAAAUCUUGAGAUGGGCUUCAAAUCGUUUUGUUGUUGCUGUUGUUGUUUUGUUUUUUUCUAACUCGAUUGGCCAGACUUUGUCUUCAGCAUGAGGAUCAGUGGUAGCAGAAACCAGUAGGAAAUAGAAAAUCUAAUCAUGGAAUAUGUCAUUUCUGUAAAUUUGAAAUUUAAAAGGAAUAAAUUGUCUCUCAAUGUGUCCAUUUAAGAGUUUCGGAAUGGCAUUACACCGCCACUCCAGUAUCUGUAGUGCUUUUAUUCUCAUACGCCAAAAACACAUUCUUUCCAUUUCAUUUGUUGAAUUCCUUUGUUUUUAUCAAAGUUCUGACCUUAUCCCAUCAAAGUUUAUGUAUUUAUUGAAUGUGAUUGAUUGUAUUAAAAAAACAAAAAAGCAGAACAAAAUCUAAACAAGAAACAGCAGUAAUAAUAAUAAUAAUAAUAGUAGUAAUAACUAAUAAUAAAAUGCCAUUUUCCAUGAAAA